UGAGUGAUUCUGCUGCACAGACAGACAAAGGCGGCGGACUGGAGGAACCGACAGAAAGCGCUCUGAGAGUCUCCAGACUUCCACGCGUGAAAACCCGCAGAAAAUCAUGAGCAGAUCCCGGGUGCGAGCGGUGCCGAGGCGGGACGAGUGAUCCGAGCCGCGCUGGAGCUCCAGUUUGACCGCGAAUGCUUUAAAAGCUACUCUUUUGCUCCAACGCCCCCCAAAAACAGUUAGCAGCUAGCGGUUAGCCGUCCCCUCCACCAGCCUCAUCAUCCAGAAAACUGCGGAAAACAGCAGCCGGCGGCGCGGGAGCACACACGAAAGCACAGUCUGCUGGGUGUCUGAUGCGCACGCGGGGUCGACUAUGCCGAGUCCCCUGUUUCACCCUGACAUCAUGGAGCACGAGAGCGGGCAGAGCGGCGGCGGCGCCCGCGAGAUAGAGCAGGAUCCCCGGGAUGAGGAGCACCAGGAAGCGCUGCGCUUCGCCCUGGACCAGCUGUCCCGCAUGGCCCUAGAGAAGGUGGAGUGUCUGGACGGGAGCUCGGCCGGAGAGAGCUGUAACGGAGGAGGGGGAUACGUGGACCUGCAGAUGAUGGAGCACAGCAGCGGCUCGCGGGAGUCGCCCGGCUCCUGCUCGCCCUCUCCGGAGUACUACGGCUCAGGAGGUGGAAGUGGUGGUGGAGGAUAUCACAUGGCCGGGCCGCACUCCUCCAUCCUCGGGGAACAAAGCGCAGUGCUCCGCAAGAGAAGUGUCAACAUGACCGAGUGUGUGCCCGUGCCCUCCUCUGAGCAUGUGGCGGAGAUCGUCGGCAGACAAGGUUGCAAGAUCAAAGCAUUACGUGCAAAAACAAACACCUACAUCAAAACCCCGGUGCGAGGAGAAGAGCCGGUGUUCAUCGUGACGGGACGGCGUGAAGAUGUGGAAAUGGCCAAACGGGAGAUCAUCUCCGCCGCCGAGCACUUCUCCAUGAUCCGAGCCUCACGCUGCAAAGCCGGUGCCAGCGCUCCUGGGUCCAGCGGCUCGCUCCCCGGCCCGCCAAACCUGCCAGGACAGACCACCAUACAGGUGCGCGUGCCCUACAGAGUCGUGGGCUUAGUAGUGGGCCCUAAAGGAGCCACGAUCAAGCGCAUCCAGCAGCAGACGCACACCUACAUCGUAACGCCGAGCCGAGAGAAAGAUCCCGUGUUUGAGGUCACAGGCAUGCCGGAAAACGUGGACCGUGCCCGAGAGGAGAUCGAAACACACAUAACUCUACGCACCGGCGCAUUCGUGGAUCUCCAAGGCGAUAAUGACUUCCAUAGCAACGGGACGGAUGUUAGUUUAGAGGGUUUGGGUGCGCUGGGAUUGAGCGGUGCGCUUUGGUCACGUGCAACUCACAAUUCUGCGGCUCCGCCGCCUGCCAUGCAUCGUAAAACGUCAUUCUCAAACACAGAGUCGUUUUCCGCAACACGCCGCGCAGCAGACGGAGGAAGCCCGACGAGUCCGUUCAGCACCAGCAGCGCAGGGGGAAGCUUCUCUUUUGGAGGCGACUCGACUCCUAGUUUGCCAGCGACUAAUGAAGAUAUGGGUUUCGAGUUUGGCGCUGCUAAUAUUUGGGCGCCCUUCGUUAACGGAGCAAAGCAGCAGCCGCAGCCUGUCCGGCGCAAUAGCAGCGGCCUCAGCGGUGGAGCUGUCACUCCACGUCUAUCACCCGACCCUGAUCACCCUCUCGCACGCCGAGCCCAAAGCGACCCACUCAGCACUCUCUCCUGGCUCCAAAAUGGCGGCGGCGGUGGAUCGUUUUCUGGAGGAAGCAGCAGCAGUAGUGGAGGAAGCACAACCGGGUAUUCGUCCUGCUCUGCGUCGUCAAUUCCUGGUGGAUCUCCAACCGAUUCUGAAGGUGGCGGCAGUGGUGUUGGCAUUUCUGCUACUAUGCUAGGUCGCCUGAAAGCAGGCGCGCUAGCCGGAAUGGUUCCUCGAGACUGUUACGUGUGCUGCGAGAGCGAGGUGACGGCUGCGCUGGUGCCCUGCGGACACAAUCUGUUCUGCAUGGACUGCGCCGGUCAGAUCUGCCAGUCGUCGGACGCCGAGUGCCCGGUGUGCCACACUCCUGCCACACAGUGCAUUCGCAUCUUCUCUUAAAGAGCGCCUUCAUAGGAGCGACCGCAAUGAUUAAAUAUGACACUAUUCUUGAUUUAUUGACAAUAAUAAUAAUAAUAAUGAUGAUAAUAAUGACGUUGUUACCCACUCAAGUACUUGUUUUAUUUGUCUUACUAGCGCUCAUGUUCAUAUUCGGUGGGUUUUUUUCUCCAGUUCAUGCUUCCCUUUUUCUACUCGCAGAUAUUUUUCAACUUUUACGCUGCACUUUUUUCUAAUGCAUUGUGUUUGUUUUUUAGAGGGUUGCCGAUUUUUAAAUUAUUUUUUAAAAGUUGUUUUUUUGUGUGUGUGUGUGUGUGUGUGUGCUCAUUUUUUAAAUGCAGCGCCAGACUGCGAACGCUCAUUUAGACCAAAACGUUGAGAGGUUAUUCCUGUAACACUUAAUAUUUAUACGUACUAGUUGAUGUUGAAUCUGAGAUAGCUAGAGUAGUACAUGUUAUAAGUAUCAUAACCGUGCAUUUUCUCUUUUCGCCACACUACCUUAAAACACGAUGAUGACAGUGUGUGUUGUUCAUUCCAGCAGUCUACACUCCUGAAACAGGGUUGCCAGUAUUUGGACGAAUCUGUUACACUUUUCUGUGCCGAUGUGAACGGCGCCCUCCAUCUUCAACUCGAAUGUUUUUUUUUUUCGUUUGCGAAUGUGUGUGUGUGGUCAUCCUGAUUUGUGCACUGCGACACACUGAAAUGUCUUUGGCUGGAGUUGGAGUCUGUCUUCCGGCUGUCGCACUUAGUCCCGCUGUGGUUUUCCUCGUCCGCUGCCUAUAAACGUAGCCGCUGUUUUCGACAUCCGUAGCCCCGUUUUAAACCCAACAAGCCAUGAACUCACUCUAAAGGGCUUCCGGUUACACACUACACUUCAGGUUUUCGCUUAUAAACAGGAUCUUCAGUCCCGCUCGAGUCUGUGUGGCAGCUAAAUCACGCAGGGCUUCCGUACGUUGUUUUUCCUGAAACGUGAGGGACUUUUGUUUUUGUUUUUCAGACAUCCUCGUUUGCAUGAGUUGUACAGAUUUCAUUGAGGACUAUUAAAUGUGCCAGACUUUGAGAGCAGUCAGCUAGAGCUGUGGUGAUGAUCGCAUGCAUUGCAAAUCAACAAAUGAUUUUGCAUUGAUUCUGAAAUUUUCCGAAUGCAUUGCGACUCUUGAUUGAAUGAAUUCUGAAAUUAGAUGUUACCAACAGAUGGCGCUGUAUGCUUUACAAACAUCCUCCAAUUCCAUGCACAUUGAACUCAAAUUAAAAUAAAGUUACGAAAUGUUUAAGCGCAUUACAAGAGUGUGCAAAGUAAAGCUGUUUGUUAAUUUCGUGGCAUAAAAGUUGAGGUUCAUGUACUUUUGACCACUUGCAUGACGCACAAUGCUAUCUUAUUUCUGGGUAUUUGAGCCUGUUUCUAGAUAGAGUUUGAGCGCCAUCUGCUGUUUGAAAUUAGCCUAGAGUGCCAUCUGCAAUUAAGACUAGAAUUUAAGCGCUAUCUGCAGUUUAUAAACUAGCCAAGAGCGCCAUCUGCUGUUAAAAACCAGCCAAGAGUGCCAUCUGCUGUUAAAAACUAGCUUAGAGCACAAUGUAUUGUUAAACUAGCCUAGUGCCAUCUAGUGUUAAAACUAGCACCAUCUGCUGUUUAAAACUAGCCGAGAGGACCUUCUGCUGUUUAAAAACUAGUGUAGGGCGCCAUCUGCUGUUAAAAACUAUCCGAGAGCGCCAUCUGCUCUUUAAAACUAGCCGAGAGCACCAUAUGCUGUUUAAAAACUAGCCUAGAGCACCAUCUGCUGUUUAAAACUAGCCGAGAACGCCAUCUGCUGUUUAAAACUAGCCGAGAGCGUCAUCUGCUGUUUAAAAACUAGCCUAGAGCACCAUCUGCAAUUAAAAAGAAGCCUAGAGCGCCAUCUGCUGUUUGAAAACUAGCCUAGAGCGCCAUCUGCUGUUUGAAAACUAGCCUAGAGCGCCAUCUGCUGUUUAAAAACUAGCCUAGAGCGCCAUCUGCUGUUUAAAAACUAGCCUAGAGCGCCAUCUGCUGUUUAAAAACUAGCCUAGAGCGCCAUCUGCUGUUUAAAAACUAGCCUAGAGCGCCAUCUGCUGUUUAAAAAUUAGCAUAGAGCACCAUCUUUAAUUAAAAAGAAAACUAAAGCGACAUCUGCUGUUUAAAAACUAGCCUAGAGCGCCAUCUGUUGUUAAACUAUUCUAGAGCACCAUCUGCUAUUAAAAAGUAGCCGAGAGCACCAUUUGCUGUUUAAAAGCUAGCUGAGAGCGCCAUCUACUGUUAAGAACCAUCCUAGUGCUCCAUUUACGGCGCCAUCUGCUUUUAUAAAACUAGUCUAGAGUGCCAUCUACAGUUUAAAAAUUAGUCUAGAGCGCCAUAUGCUGGUAAAAACUAGCCUAGAGUGUUGUCUAGAGUUAAAAACUAGCCUAGAGCACCAUCUACUGUUAAAAACUAGCUAAGAGCACCAUCUACUGUUAAAAACUAGCUAAGAGCGCCAUCAGCUGUUUAAAACUAGCCUAGAGUGCCAUAUGCGAUUUAAAACUAGCCGAGCGCCAUCUGCUUUUUACAUCUAGCCUAGAGCACCAUUUGCUGUUUAAACACUAGCCUAGAACGUCAUCAGAUGGCAAACUAGAUCAGAGAGAAUGGCGAUGCAUUGUGAAAAUCUCAGAAACGGUCCACGAUGUGCAAUGCUAAAUUAAAAACAAUAAUAAUAAUACUAAUGAUAAGCGGAUCACCACAGCCCUACAGUAAACGGUGCCUUGGUGGUGAAAGUCGCUGCCGAGAAAACGAAGAUUGUGUCGAACCUUCUCCGCUCUUCCACGUUUGAAGAUUGGCUUAGGAGUAUUUGUACAGAAUAUUUAAGCCUUUGUUUAGUUUGUUUGGGACUGUGGUUUUGGAAACGCAAGCGUGUUGUAGGUUGCGAGGAACUGAAGCUAGCUAGUUUUUCGGCUGAGUGAGUGUGUGUGUGUGUGUACGUGUGAGUUUUGGCGAUGAAGGUCAUGUUGACCUGAGGUUGAAUCUUCUCUUGUUUUCCUCAAAGGCUUCAUACAGGGUUCACUGAGGCGAAUCUCAGGCAUCGGAACGACGUCAGACGCUGUUUCCCCAUCAAUCAUUUUCCUGCCCUGAUAUCGCUCUACUCUUUCCUUUACGUUCGCUUUAAUUCCUUUUGUACGCCGAACCAAAAGUGAUUUCAAUAACGGAGUUUCAGGCCUAAUUGUAAAUAUCCUGGAUACAAUCAUUGGGAUUAGUUUUUUCCACAAUUUAAAGGUUAAUGUAGUUUUUAAGAACAUGUAUCAUUAUUUGUAAGUUAAACUCUCUGCAUGUCUUGAAGCCAUGAGGCAUUAGCUGAUAAUAAUUUUUCUAAAAAUGCAAAGACAAAAAAAAAAAAGCGAAAUCAAAAUGGACAAACUUUUUUUACACAUUUUAUUUUUACAAUUUAUUUGCUUACCUUGACAUGAAUAUCCCAGAUUAUAAUGUGACCCUUUUUAUUACAGCAAAGUUCUCUUUAUUUUCCAUGUUUCUGUUCUUUCCUGUGUACUACAUAUAGGCAAUUUAUAACAAAAUGAGAAAAAAUUAUUGAAGAAAUUUUAAAAUUGAAAUAUAUUUUAUUUGAAAGUUUAUGGACCUUUUAACCGCGAGCUGGAACACUUGUGUACGCGGCGUAUCAUUUGAGCUGACUUGACGGUUAUGAGAAAUGUAUCAAGAGUUUUAUUUUUUAUGCUUCUUUAAUAAAAUCUUGUUUUUUCGUUUCCGUUUUUGUACUGUAAAACAAUAA